AUGCGUUUCGAUAAACUCGUCGUCGCCGCGGCUGUUGCAGCCAGUGGGGUGUCUGCCCUCCCAACUGCCAACCCAGUUGCCGAGGCCGAUGCUGUAUCGGCCCCGGUUGGAGCACUUACCGCAAGAAACCUUGCACUUCACAGUCGCACAGACUACUCCAAGGGCAAAGGUAGCAAAGGCAGCAAGAAGAGUAAGAGUUCAAAAGGCAGCAAGAGCUCAAAAGGCAGCAAGAGCAGCAAAUCAGGUGACUAUGGUCAUGGCUACUACAAACGAAUCCGCUCUGCAAGCCCCGCCUCGAAAGCACUGAAGCGCUCUGUUUGGAAGUACUUCAAGGUGCGUUCGGCGGCUGCCGAGCCAACUGGAUACGACACCGGCAGCAAGAAGAGUGGCAGUUCGGGCAAAUCCAAGAAGAGCGGCAAGUCCAAGAAUUCUGGCAAGUCAGGCAAGUCCAAGAAGUCAGGCAAGUCAGGCAAGUCCAAGAAGAGCGGAUCUGGCAAGAGUGGUCAUGGUUACUACACUCGGCGACAUGUUGCCGUCCGUGAGCCUGAACCAAAUGCCAAUGAGGUCGUGAGACGCUGGCUCGGCUUGGCUCCUCGAGAUGCUGAAGCUACUGAUUACGGCCACUACCCUUCAAAGAGUGUCACAGGAAAGUCCAGCAAAUCCGGCUCGAAGAAAUCUGGCAAAUCUGGCAAAUCUGGCAAGUCCAAGAAGUCCAAGGGCUCCAAGAAGAGCGGCAAAUCUGGGAAGUCAAGCGGCGGUCACUAUGUUCGUCGACGCCUGGCUGUCCGAAAUGCUGCGGCUGUGGCUACUGACUACGGCCACCCGGCCCCAUAUCACCCUGAACCAUCUCACCCAUACUCAGGAAGCGAAAAGUCAGGUAAAUCUGGCUCAAAGAAAUCUGGCAAGUCUGGAAAUUCUGGCAAGUCCAAGGGCUCGAAGAAGAGCGGCAAAUCUGGCAAAUCUGGCAAAUCUGGCAAAUCUAGCGGCGGCAACUAUGUUCGUCGACACCUGGCUGUCCGAAAUGCUGCCGCUGUGGCCACUGAUUACGGCCACCCGGCCCCAUCCUACCCUCCGCCAUCACACCCAUACUCAGGGAGUGAGAAAUCCGGCAAGUCCGGCAAAUCUGGCUCAAAGAAAUCUGGCAAGUCUGGGAAAUCCAAGAAAUCUGGAAAGAGCGGCAAGUCUGGCAAGAGCGGCAAAUCCGGCAAGGGUGGCCACUACGUCCUACGACAUCUCGCAUAA